AUGGCUGGAGCGCGCUUUGCUGCCUACUUCAUUGCGCCCGCUUUGCUCGAACGAUUCGGUCACAUUGCUGCUCAACAGGACUGGGACCUUCUUGGGAGAUUUUGUGGUACUAUUGACUUUUUUCGCAAUCUGGAACGAACAAGUCAGGUGACAGUGUGGAAGGAUUAUAAGCGCAGGAAACAGCAGGCGGUGCAAUACAACGUCGACCUCGGCGCGCGGAUUAACCCAGACGGCUCGCUAUACCUUCCAUUCGCCCUUCAGCGCGCGCUUGUUUCAAAGAUAGAUCGAACGCCUCGCGUCUUUUAUAUGCUACAAGUUACUCAACUAUUUUUGGCCAAGCAAGUCGACCCGGAUAAUGCUGAUCUUGUUAGAGAGAACUCGGUGCUGAGCUAUUUCCUGACCGGCAUCACACUAUUGGCGUGGAAACGAAUGGAGGAAGUGCGGGAAUUGCUCGAAUAUCGCUCGUUGAUUCCGGAAGUGCUUGAUGAUGCCAUAUACGCGAAGAUCAUCCCCAUCCUCAGCGACGGUCUAUUGUAUAACCCUAGCCAGGGCCCGGAAAAGGCCGAAUUUUUGGUCGAACAACUUCUGAAAUUCAUGGACGAGUUUAACGCCGAGCCCGAGACCGAGCUUUUCCUCCGAUUCGCCGCCCGGGUGCUGCACAACGCCGGCAUGUUGCAGGACGCCCAAGACGUUCACCAUCUGUUGCUCAGUCUCCCAGAAUCACCGAAGAUCGCCACCAUGGUCUUGGAAACGAUUCGUCCGUAUAAUAUUCCGGAAGCGGAACAGAAGGUGCUUCGACGAAUGCUACCUGAACCCACUAAAGACGUCCACCCCGCCGAACAGAUCUGGGUUGACUGGGCAGAAGAGCGGCUCGCUUUUAUGAAGAGCACGCAGGAAGAAGUUGCGAUUGAGGUGGCUGGGGUGCUCAUCGCCUUCCUCGAUUAUGCCGAGAAUCGGAAUGAUGAGAGAGCUUGGUCCCUGCUGGAAUGCGCACUGGGCUUGGCACCUAACCACUCCUGGGCCAAUCAUUGGGACGAAAGAAAAGACUGGUGGCCAAUUUUCCAUGGCAAGGAGAGCGAGGAUCGAACCGAGGCCCUCGACGAGCUGGACGGGUUAAAGGAGCCGUUUUUUACGUGUGUAAUCCCCGUAAAGGAUGGGGUCCCGUAUCUCAGCGAAUGUCUGGAUUCGUUAUUGGCUCAGGAUUUCCCAUCUUGCUCGUAUGAGAUAAGCAUUUUCGACGACGGCAGCACGGACAGCACCCCGGGAAUGCAUAAAUCGCUACGAGAAGCUAUUCACGGAAAAGGGGAUCCGUUUCAUUGCCGGAAGAGGUGCAAAUUCUGGAGGUGUCGGAUUUGCGAAGAACGCUGCGAUUCGACAGGGUUCCGAAGAUUGCGGCGGUUGCAGGAAUGUAUCCUAAGUCAACCGGAAACGGAGAGACACCGAUUAUUCCUGGGGUCUCGAUUCCGAAGAGAUCCUCCCGACUCGACGACAAGAUAUACAAACUGGGCAAACACGUUACCUGAUGAGCUUCUAUCUUUGCAAAUUUUUACCUCUCAUGGCCCUACGCUAAUCGCUCCGACGUGGUGCGUUCCACGCGCACUAUUCGAGCAGCUCGGCGGCUUUUGCCAGCUCCACACGACCGGUUACCCCGAAGAUCUCGACUUUUUCUAUCGAGCACUAGACCAUGGGGUGUCGUUGAUCAAGUUGCCGGACGAGCUGGUGGUGUACCGCUAUCACGGCCGUUGUGCCUCGCUCGGCGUCUCCGAAGAAUCAAUUUGGCGGGCGCGGAUGGGACGCCUUCAGUCGAGGGCACUUCCUCUCUGGCCCCACUUUGCCAUCUGGAGCGUUGGCAAGCAGGGAAAACGCUUUUUCAAAUCCCUCGACCCCGAGCACCAGUCAAGAGUUACUCGAUUUUAUGACGUCGACCGGAAGAAGAUUGCUCACGGGAAAUUCGAAGACUUCGACCCCGUUCUUCGAAGAGUUGUUACAACGAUCCCUGUCCUCGAUGUCGCGCUUGCCGUUCCCCCGGUGAUUAUUUGCGUGAAGCAGGACCUGACUGGCGGCGACUUUGAACGGAUUAUCGCAGAAAAGGGAUGGACCGAGGGCCGAGAUUAUAUUCAUUUUGGG